CAAAAGCCUUCGAUCCAAACAACCUUCUUGUAAAAAUCGCCAUCGCCAUGUCUGGUUUACCAGAAUGUCUGUCGGGUUUCACCGUCAUUCCAGUUGCAUAUCAAAAUUCAUCCCAUUUCAUCUAUGCGCGAGCUCAUGCCACAUCUAAAUCCAAACCGCCAAAACCCAGCAAUGUUUUACCUGCAGAGCGGACGCUUUUCCUAGUGAACGUCCCACCAGAUGCGACAGAGCAUGAGCUCGCACUACUGUUCAAACAUUGCGGGGCAGUAGAGCGUGUCCAAUUUGACUUUAACUCUGCCGACGCUCUUGCUGAGCACGCAGCCGAUUCUGAUGAGGAGAUGGCCGAGGAUGCUGAAAUCCCCGAUACCGAGGCCCGACCUCGAAAGAAAAGGAAGCUCCAAACUUCCGAGCCAACGCCUCCUGAAGUGAUACCCCUCCCCUCCCCGUCCCUUCGCACACUGCACAAAACUGGGUCUUGUGCCCAUCUCAUAUUUCGCGAUUCUUCGUCCAUUGCAAAAGCGAUUUCGGCCCCUACGUCAUCCACGCGAUGGCCAUCUUCGGACGAGCCCCGUGGUCUAUCACACUAUAUGGCAAAAUACGAUGCUGAGCGACCUCCGCUGGAGACUGUCAAAGCUCAUGCAGAUAGUUUUAUGGAACGCUUCGAAUUUGACCUUUUGAAGAAUAAACAAGAUAGCAAGUACCGGAAAGGAGAAGCAGUCGUGGAUGAGGACGGGUUCACACUCGUCAUUAGAGGGGGUGCUUAUGGACAAACGCUUGGUGGAGGUGUGAGCGUUGCGAGCAAGAAGUUCAUGCUCACUGGGCAGACUGGAGGUAGAAGAAAGAAGGAGAAAAAGGAGAAGGAGGCAUUUUAUUCCUUCCAGAAGGCUGAAAAACAACGGAAAGCUAUGCUCGACCUGAAGAAGAACUUCGAGGCGGACAAGGAACGCGUAGAAAAACUGAAGGAAUCACGGCGGUUCAAGCCUUAUUGAUAUCCCACUGUCUUUGCCAUACAUUUAGGGAGGUGGAUCUAGUAUAUCGCGAAUGUAAUAUAAUGUAAGGCCCCCGAGUUUCUCGUCCUAACGGGCGAGUUGUCACUUCGUUCAGCGGGUGUGCUCCGUCAGAGGGUGUACACUCAGCGAUUUCCCUCA